AAUGGAUUAAUAUAACUAGAUUUCUGGCGGUUGGCAACUGGUGGGCACUUAUCCUAUUUGCUCUCAGGACUGUAGCGAAUCGAGCUAAUUGAAAUUAAUACGUUUAGUGAAGAAAAGAACACGUAGCAGUGACUUCUGAUUGGAUAAGAAAGAAAGGGCAUGUCGCAUUUUAGAGAAGGGCGUUAGAGCGGUUGCCGAGUUUGAGGUGCAUGCGCUGAGGAACGUCUUCUCUUUUCGUUGGGAACACCCUCACGAGAGGCUCAUUCCAGAGGUGGGCCUCCAUCCGCUUGGAUUGAAACAGGUGGAAUAGAAAAUGGACGAAGUAGAGGAGGCGAAGGAACGAUUUUUGAAGAUAGUCAACGAGGCGAAGAAGCUGGGUGUGGGGCGCGAAAGGUUCGCCAGGAUGGUGGCGGCCCGACGUCCUCAUAAACCGUCUUCGCGCAUUCCGUACUUCCUCGCCUUCACUGGGAUCCUCGCUUUAGUCUUCAAAGCCGAAUUGUACACCACUAGUGGCAUCGCAGUCGCUUGGAUCUACUGGAACAAAAGGGACCCAUUAUCCGAAAAGUGUACUGUAUGGAUGCCAGAUUUCAUAUCCAGGGCCCUCCGUCCUCCUGUCGACUGCAAGAUGUGCAGGGACGUCUACGAAAUCGAUCGUGUCUCUAACUUAACACCGCAAGAAUUCGAAGAUCGUUACGCAUUCAGCGGAAGACCGGUCAUAAUUACUGACGGAAUGAGGAACUGGACAGCACCACAAGUAUUCGAUUUUGAGUUUUUCAAGGCUUUAUAUGCUGAUAGCACGGCCCAGGAGAAAUGCCAGUUUUUCCCUUACCAGACAGAAUUCAGAUCUCUGUGGCAUGUUUUUCAAAUGAGCGAGGAAAGGGCACGUCUGACUGACGGUACAGCGCCUUGGUACAUCGGUUGGAGCAACUGCGAUGACAAGGUGGGAAGGAUUUUGAGACAGCAUUAUACCAGGCCGUACUUUCUUCCAGAAAACUCGGAAAACAAGAACACCGACUGGAUUUUCAUGGGAAGCCCAGGGUACGGGGCUCAUUUGCAUGUGGACAACGUAAAUAAUCCUUCUUGGCAGGCUCAACUAGUCGGAAGCAAAAACUGGACAUUAGAGCCGCCCCCAGAAUGUCUCUACGAAUGCAAAUCUCACCUGGUUACUAUUUACCCCGGAGAGAUAUUCGUCCUGGACACCAAUUCGUGGUACCACUCGACCAAGAUCGUAUCCGAAGGCAUCAGCAUUACCAUAGGCGCUGAGUACGAUUGAAAAUGUAAUAAAUAUAUUUGUUGUACAUA